AUGCUCCAAGUACCAAUUCGGGAUCAGUCCAGCCAGGCCUCCACCAAGGCCGUGAUUCUGGUCGGAGGCCCCUCGCGAGGCACUCGAUUUCGCCCAUUGUCCCUCGAUGUUCCCAAACCCCUGUUCGAAGUCGCCGGCCACCCAAUCAUCCACCACUGCCUGAAGGCGAUCGCCAAGGUCCCCGAUGUUCGUGAGGUUAUCCUGGUCGGAUAUUAUGACGAGUCGGUCUUCCGUGACUUCCUGAAGGAUUCCGCGAAGGAGUUUCCCCAGUUCCGCAUGCAGUACCUGCGGGAGUACACCGCGCUAGGAACUGCAGGUGGACUGUACCACUUCCGCGAUGCGAUUCUGAAGGGCAAGCCUGAGCGCCUGCUUGUCCUCAAUGCCGAUGUCUGCUGCUCAUUCCCUCUGGGGGAGAUGCUGCGCCUGUUCGAGGAGAAGGAUGCGGAGGCUGUGAUUCUUGGUACACGAGUUAGCAACGACGCCGCCAGCAACUUCGGUUGCAUUGUUUCGGACUCGCACACCAAGCGUGUUCUUCACUAUGUCGAGAAACCCGAAUCCCACAUUUCUAACCUCAUCAACUGCGGUGUCUACCUGUUCGCCACCGAGUGCAUCUUCCCGGCCAUUCGCAGUGCGAUUAAGCGUCGCACUACCCGGCCGCGCAUCUUCUCCUACCCCUCCUCCGAUAACCUCGAGUCAUCCUUUGUCGCCGCCGCGGGAGACGACGAAGAUGCCGAGAAGAGCGAAGUCCUCCGCCUCGAGCAAGAUAUUCUCUCCGACUUGGCCGACAGCAACCGCUUCUUUGUCCACGAAACUAAGGAUUUCUGGCGUCAAAUCAAGACCGCAGGUUCGGCCGUCCCUGCCAACGCCCUUUACCUCCAGAAGGCCUUCCAGGCCCAGUCCGAGGAGCUCACCCCACCCUCUGCCACCAUUGUGCCCCCCGUCUUCAUCCACCCUACUGCUGAGGUCGACCCCACCGCUAAGCUUGGCCCGAACGUGUCCAUUGGACCCCGUGCUGUCAUUGGCGCUGGCGCUCGUGUUAAGGACUCUAUCGUUUUGGAGGAUGCAGAGAUCCGCCACGAUGCCUGCGUGAUGCACUCGAUCAUUGGCUGGAGCGGCCGUGUCGGUGCCUGGGCUCGUGUGGAGGGAACUCCCAUCCCCAUUGGCAGCCACUCCACCAGCAUCGUGAAGCAGGGCGUCAAGGUCCAGAGUAUCACUAUCCUUGGUAAGGAGUGCAGUGUCGGCGAUGAGGUCCGUGUGCAGAACUGCGUCUGCCUUCCCUACAAGGAGCUCAAGCGAGAUGUCGCCAACGAGGUCAUUAUGUAA